AUGCGACAGAUCAAUAUCGACCGGAAACCCAAAGACCAUCUCCAACCAUGGCAGGUCUUCGAUCUGAUAGGAGGUACCAGCACUGGCGGUAUCAUUGCUCUUAUGUUGGGAUGCUUGAAAAUGUCUGUCGAAGAGUGUCAUGACACAUACAUGAAGCUCGCAAACACAAUCUUCAAGCCCAAGCGCUGGAGAUGCAACGUCUUCAACCGCAGUCUCGACCUGAUUUCCGCCAACGAGCGGUACGACUCGGCCAAGAUGGAAGAACUGGUCCAACAAAUCAUAAAGGAGAGGACAGGCUCACGGAAUGCUAUGCUUCAAGAUCCCUUACGAGGCUUCGUCACUACAGUACGCGCGGACGACGAAGAACUACUUCUCUUACGUUCCUAUGUCAACAACCAACAACCAGACACCCACUCUUCCCAAUUCGAGAUGUGGGAGGCUCUGCGCGCCACGUCCGCCGCCAGCACUUACUUCAAGGAAUACCGUCGCCAGAACGAAGGGUAUGUCGACGGUGCCUUCAAGAGCAACAACCCGAUCUUCGAAGUCCACCACGAGGCCGCAGACCUGUGGCCCGGACGUGACGUCUUCCUCGUCAGUAUAGGGACGGGAACCAAGCCCAGUGCACCAGUAGGCACCAACGCCAUCAAGCUGGUCAGAACCAUGACCAAGCUUGCAACAGCAACCGAGGGAUCCGCCCCUGGGAUUGGGGCAGUUGACUUGGGCAAUAGCAAAAUGAUUGGCAAUGUGGCCAUGAGGACCGAUACAUACUUGCGAGAUACGGGUACGGCUCGUGAAGUUGCAUCUUGUUCGAGAGAAAUGGUGGAGAUUCAGACUAAGCAGUACACAACUGUUCAUAAGCUGUCGAACAGCGAGAGAGAAUGUCUCAAACUUUUAUCCGGCGCUGGUGGCCCCUACGAGAGCCAGAGACUCAGCAUCGAGAGGCCAGUCCAAGGAACUUGCCAAUGGUUCUUGAGUCAUAAGGCAUUCAUGUCCUGGCUGAAAGACACGUCCUCGGCUCUUCUUUGGGUGACGGCCAACCCAGGCUGUGGAAAGACCGUGCUGUCCAGCUUUCUCGUCGAUGUCCUAUCGCGGCAAUCCUCCGACGCCAUCGUCUGUCACUUCUUCUUCAAGGCCGGCGAAGUCAGUCGUCAACACUCCCAUCAGGCCUUGUGUGGCAUCCUUCAACAAGUAUUCAAGGCAUACGCCAAAGCCAUAAAGUUCGCCAUGGACGACUUUUCAUCAAACGACGCAGCCAACUUUGCGCAGAAUAUCGAGGCUCUAUGGGAGGUCUUGUGUCUCGCGUCAGAUUCGAUGCCUUCGAAGCAAAUCAUCUGUGUCAUCGACGCGCUGGACGAGUGCAGUGAGGAUUCGAGGAACCGCCUCAUAGAUCUCCUAGUCAAGGCCUUCCCCCAGAUGACUGGCAGCCGAAAGUUGCUCGGGCGCCUGAAGAUCAUCGUAACUAGCCGUCCGUGGCCGAGUAUCGAAACACGAUUCCGCUCCCUCAGCUGCGUCCGUCUUCGCGGCGAAAACGAGUCGUCUUCUUUGUCCAAGGAUAUCGAAACUAUGGUCAAGGCCAAGGUCGAAAGGCUGAAGGUCGAAGGCACUCUCUCACCAGAAGCUUGCGCUAUGCUGGAGACAACGUUAGCGCAAGGUGCUGAUCGAACGUUUCUGUGGGCUUCCUUGGUGCUUGAGUCCAUAUCUCGUCUCCCAUCCCGAAAGAUGAGCGCCGUAAAGAGCGCGUUGGAUGUGACACCAGUCGACUUGAACCAGCUUUACGAAAAUGCCUUGUCUGAUGUCAAAGACCGCACUGCAUCUACGAGACUCCUGCAGGUAGUACUCGCCGCGUCUCGCCCACUCACGCUUGUGGAGGUCAACAUGGCGAUGAGCAUCAGUCCGAAGCAUCGAACAGUCCAGGAGUUAUUGAGAGACAUCGAACCGAAUAUAGAGUACACAGUGAAGCAGCUGGGCGGCUUCUUCGUGAGAGUUAUGAACUCGACCGUACACUUGGUUCAUCAGACCGCGCGAGACUUCUUGCAACGAACUAGCGAGAAAGAAGAAGCGACCGUUCUUGAGUCGGCCAUAUACAGCGAGGGAAAACUGGCAUAUUUGCUGGCCAAGGGCGCUGGUGGCCUAGGCGAGGCUAUCUAUCUAGCCGCAGAGGAAGGAAAGACGGCCUCCCUGCAGAUGCUUCUUACAGCCGAAGAUAAGAGAACUGAAGAGGAACGACUUCGUAGCCUCCAAAGUGCGCUCAAGGCCGCAAGCGAGAGAGGCAGAGCAUCGACCAGAAGGAUCCUGUUGGGAGCUGGUGUACCGGAGCCUGAGGGCACCAACUUGUCGGCAGGCUUGGCCAAAGCCGUGACAUUCGGAUGUACCAAGGACAACAUAGAAGCACUUGUCCAAGAUGGUGCUCGGGAUGUCGAUGGCGAGGCUCUGCUUUCGAGGGCAGUCUUCGGUGACUUGGAAAGCAUCACAUGGUUAUUUUCCGUAUUGGAUUAUCCCCCAGAAGUUUUGAGCCAGGUCACCUCGGCAUUCUUCGACAUGCACUUGGGCGACGGGCUGAGAGGGUACUUGCUCAAGACAGUCGAACGCGUCUUGCUGUCCGAGAGACGAAGACUGACGAGCGGUUUUGCCAUCAAACCUGUCAUAGGCCAAGACCAGGCAACGAACGAGCAAUUCCUCAUCCUGUUAUCAGCCAAGAGGGCACGAGUGCCGGCUGCGAAAUUCCACCAAGCCGUGUGCUUCAGCAUAGCAGCGGACGAGCGUCUGGCUUUAUUCCUGUUGAAGCAUAGGAGCAUUCUACAAGAUAUCUCGGACGUGUCUGGCGAGCACGAGUAUCUCGCCUUAGCGUGCCUAUGGGGCAACUUGGAUAUUGUGAAGAAUAUCUGCGAAGAGAAGAGACGGCUGGGGCAGCUACCAAAACUUCCCUGGGGUUUACUCUUGCGCACGGCAGUGGUGUCUGGCAACGCCAAAACUGUGCGUUGGAUUCUCGAAAAUGGAAAUAACAAUGGUCACGUUGAAGCCACAUCGGAGGUAGUCGGGGAGGAAUUUGCUGCCCAGUGGGCUGUGGUCGAGAGAGUGCUGGGUUUUGCCAGUGCAGCGGCCUCUCCGCUGGACAUAGCUGCUAGGUUUGGAUACCAAGACGUAAUCGCGACCUUAACCAAGGACGAGUUCGAGAAGGCCCUCAAGGAUAACAAGGCCGUUAUCCUUGAUGCCUUCGCCACUUGGUGCGGUCCCUGCAAGGCUAUUGCUCCCGUCUUGGCCAACCUCUCCAACGUCGAUAAGAACGGCGGUCUUUACUUCGUCAAGAUCGACGUCGACGAGGUUCCCGACCUCAGCCAGGACCUUGGCAUUCGCGCCAUGCCUACUUUCAUCAUCUUCAAGAACGGCGAGAAGGCCCAGGAGAUCGUCGGCGCCAACCCUCCUGCCCUCACCCAGGCCAUCACCGCGCUCGCUGAAGAGUUUCCCCCUCCUAGCCCGGUCGAGGCCGCUCCCAAGGCCGAGGUCGAGGCUUCCAAGGAGUAA